AUGGAUGAUGAUGGUGCAUGGCCCGAAGAUGUCAUUGACGAAGAAAUUGAAAUAGAAGAUGUCGUUGAUGAGUUGGUGAACCGUGAUUUCGAAGAUGACGAACAAGUUCCAGUACCGGAUAUAGUACCGGAUACACAUGCAUAUUCACCUCCGGUUAAUGAGGAAAUAGAGGAGUUUGGGAUGAAAAGUUUGAUUGAAGUGGCAGCUAAUUUGAACAAUGAGCCCAUGGAGGUUCUCGAGAUGCACAUGGAUCACAGUGAUCCAAAUUUCAAGUGGUUUAACUUCACAUUUGAAGAACAAGCCAAGGUGAUAGUUGCUGCUAGAAGCAACAAUGAAAUGAAUGCAUCGAAAUUGAAGAAUGAGUUUCUAGAAUUGCUUUAUAUUAAAGAAUCACUUAUUAAGUAUGUCUUUGAGACAAACAAGAAUAGUGCCUAA